GUCGCGUUAUUUGCCUAUUGCACUCCUUCACAGGAAACUGGACUACGGUUAAUCAAGAUGGUUGAGAAGACUUACGUUACCUAUAAUCAGGUAUGCUCUCUCUCACCUUGUUCGCCCCGCAAGCACACGAGCAAGAGCUUCGGGCUAGGCCCCCUCUGGUGAAGACAGAAAUUUAUUUUGCUGCCACAGGUUCACAAGCUCUGCCAGGAGUCUGCAGACAGAAUUCUCGAUGACUUCAAACCCAAUCUCAUGGUCGCUAUUGGCGGCGGAGGCUUUGUUCCCGCUCGUAUCCUUCGAUCUUUCUUGAAGAAGCCUGGCAGCCCAAACAUCCCUAUCCAAGCUAUCGGUCUCUCCCUGUACGAACAAUUCGACAACUCGGGCCCAGUCGAGACUCCUGGCACAAAGGUGACCCGCACACAAUGGCUGGACAAAAGCCUGGAGACCGCUGGAGUGACAACUCUCAUUGGCAAAAAUGUUCUGAUCGUCGACGAGGUUGACGAUACCCGUACUACACUAGAAUAUGCAGUCAAAGAACUGCAGAAGGAUGUAGAGAAAGAGUCGGAAGAGGCUGCAAAGCGCGGCGAAGACGUAAAGAAGACUACUUUCAGCGUCUUUGUGCUUCACAACAAGGACAAACCCAAAAAGGGCAAGCUACCGAGCGAGCUGCUCGACGGAGGGAAGUAUUAUGCUGCGAAGACUACCGGUGACGUUUGGAUAUGCUACCCAUGGGAGGCAACGUAAGUCAAGCUACGUUGCAUCACCCGGCAUACUCCGCGCUAACAGCUUUAGGGAUAUUGAUGAG